CAUUAUACACACAACAAAACAAUAUUUAUAAUAAUAUUAUAAAAAGGUGAAAGCUUUGAGUAGAAAGAGAGACAGAGAGAGAAAAAAAGAGCAAGAAAGUUUGUCCUAAAAACACUAGAGAGACUUGUACAAAACUGCAGACUGCAAAAGGGAGCUUUUUUCGUGAAGAACGAUGAUAAUAAGAGGAAGCAAUAUAUACAUAUAGAUAUAUGUAGAGAGAGACAGAGACAGAGACAGAGACAGAGACAGAGACAGUUUGUGUGUGUAUGGAAGAGGGGAGGGGGCAAUUCACUCAGCAUACAUUUUCUUCUUUUCCAAGAAUCUCCUUUAAAACUUACUUUAUCUCUCUUCAUUUUCGCCGGUAAAAUAUCCUUCCGGCGAAGGAGACCAAACAUUUUCUUUCUUCCUACUAAAAAUUUUAAUCUUUCAUUUCCCUUUUACCUCCACAUUUUAAUUAACAGAAGAAUUCGAUUUCUUAGCUAAAAGAAAAGCUGACUCUUUGAUCUAGUUUAAGGGUCCUUUCUUUUGGUCAAAUCGGAGCUUUGAUUUCUCCGGCGGGAUGUAUAUCCAGUGAGAAACUCUGCUCUUUUAUUUUAGCUGAAUACAAAUCAAUAAUGAAGACACCGUCAAACGGAGCCGGAGCUCAACCUGCGGCCGCCACCUCCGACGCAGCUGAAGGGAAGAAGAAGAGUAUAAACCCAGAGCUAUGGCAAGCAUGCGCCGGCCCUCUGGUCAACAUGCCGGUCGCUGGGACCCACGUCGUUUACUUCCCUCAAGGCCACAGUGAACAGGUUGCUGCAUCGAUGAAAAAGGACGUGGAUGCACAAAUUCCAAACUAUCCAAAUCUUCCGUCAAAAUUACUAUGCCGCCUUCACAAUGUCACUUUACUUGCUGACCUGGAAACAGAUGAAGUUUAUGCGCAGAUGACACUCCAACCAGUUCCUACGUUUGACAAAGAGGCUUUAUUGCGAUCAGAUCUUUCGAUGAAAACAAACAAACCUCCAAUGGAGUUUUUCUGUAAAACCUUGACUGCAAGUGAUACUAGCACUCAUGGUGGUUUUUCUGUACCUCGCCGUGCAGCAGAAAAGACAUUUCCUUCUCUGGAUUUCACAAUGCAACCACCUGCUCAAGAGCUCAUGGCUAGGGACUUGCACGACAAUGUAUGGACAUUUCGCCAUAUUUAUAGAGGACAACCAAAACGUCACUUGCUUACGACUGGAUGGAGUCUUUUUGUCAGUGGAAAGAGGCUUUUCGCAGGCGACUCAGUUUUAUUCAUUAGGGAUGACAAGCAGCAGCUUCUUUUGGGCAUCAGACGGGCAAACAGACAGCCAGCCAACUUAUCAUCAUCAGUUUUGUCAAGUGAUAGCAUGCAUAUUGGGAUUCUAGCAGCAGCAGCCCAUGCUGCUGCAAAUAAUAGUCCUUUCACCGUGUUUUACAAUCCAAGGGCUAGUCCAUCAGAAUUCGUUAUCCCUUUAGCCAAGUACUAUAAAGCAGUUUGCAGUAACCAAAUAUCUCUAGGAAUGCGCUUCCGCAUGAUGUUCGAAACUGAAGAAUCGGGAACAAGAAGAUACAUGGGCACAAUAACUGGUAUCAGUGAUUUGGAUCCAGUCAGAUGGAAGAACUCCCAAUGGCGUAAUUUGCAGGUCGGCUGGGAUGAAUCAACUGCCCCAGAGAGACGCAACCGUGUCUCUAUUUGGGAGAUCGAGCCUGUAACUGCUCCAUUUUUCAUCUGCCCCACCACACCUUUCAUCCGUUCAAAGCGCCCAAGGCAACCAGGGAUGCCAGAUGACGACUUGUCUGAUCCCGAUAAUCUAUUCAGGCGGAUGAUGCCCUGGCUUGGAGACGACUUUGGCAUGAAGGAUCCUCAAGCUCUGCAGGGCUUGAGCUUAGUUCAGUGGAUGAACAUGCAGCAAAACCCCUCAUUGGCUAACUCAAUGCAGCCAAACUGUUUAAAUCCUUUGUCUAGUUCCAUUCUACAAAACUUUUCAGGUGCAGAUCUGUCACGUCAGUUAGGUUUCCCUGCACCCCAACAUAACAACUUACAGUUCAAUACUCCGAGGCCAACCCAACCUGUACAACAACUAGAUCAGUUCCAAAAGUUCCAGGCCUCCACAUUGAACCCUCUGGCCUCGAUUAUACAGACGCAGCAGCAGUUUACUGACACUAUGCAACCACCAAGACAAAAUUUAAUGAAUCAAACUUUACCAACGAGCCAAGUUCAGACUCAACUUCUGCAGUCCCAGAAUCCGAUCCGGGCUCAGAAUGUUCUGCAGCAGCAGCAGUCCAUUAUGAACAACCAGCUUCAGAGAAGUCUUUCGCAAAAUUUGCCUCAACAGCAGCAGAAUCCUAGUCAAGUUCAGCAGCAGCAGCAGUCCAUUAUGAACAACCAGCUUCAGAGAAGUCUUUCGCAAAAUUUGCCUCAACAGCAGCAGAAUCCUAGUCAUGUUCAGCAGCAGGACAUAAUGUCGUUUCAAUCCCCGGAUCAUGUAAGCCAACAGUUGCAUGUGCCUGAGAACCAAAUUCAGCUUCAACUUUUACAGAAACUCCACCAGCAACAACAGUCACUUCUAGCACAGCAAUCUGCAAUACAAACACCUUCCCCACUGACACAACACCAGGAUCAGCAAAAGCCGCUUUUAGACAUUUCCCAGAAAUUCUCUUGGUCUGUGACAGGCCAACUGCCGGAGGCAUCUCAAUCAAAAUCGACUAUGCUCCCGCAGUCGCAUGUUAUCCAGCAGCAAAUGACAAGAAAUAAUGGCCAAACCAAUCUCUUGUUUGCCCAACCAAAACUUCCGCAACAUCAACAAUCUGAAACACAAUCAGAAUUGCCUGGAUUUGUGGGGAACAUCACAAACACGAUGAACAACCAGCUUUCUGCAGGUGACAUCAGUUUGUUGAUGGGAGCUGCAGGUGGAGUCCAAUCUGGGAUCACUGAUGAGGUUCCAUCUUGUUCGACUUCACCAUCCACAAACAACUGUCCAAGUGCAGUUCAGUCUAUGCUGAAUGGCAGAAACCACCGAAGUACAAUAGCAGGGGAUGAGAUGGCUCAGUCUUCUGCCACACUGUUGAGUUCAACAGGCAUAAUGAACAUGUCUUCUAAUGGUCUCCUAGUUAAGGAGUUGCAGCAAAAACCUGACAUUAAGCCUUCAGUGAACAUAUCCAAAAGUCAGAACCAAGGACUUUUUGCAACACAAACAUACCUCAAUACUACUGGAACCCAUAUAGAUUAUUUGGAUAGCUCAUGUUCAGCAACAUCAGUUCUUUCUCAAAAUGAUGUCCAGACGCAGCAAAGCAACCACGCAUCUUUCAAUUCUCAGUCAAUCUUGUUUAGAGCCACAAGUCAGGACAGGGAACUUGAUGGUGAUCAAAGGAAUACCAAUGUUCUUGGGGCUAACAGUGGCAACCAGUUAGGCAUUCCCAUAAUACCUGACCCAUUGGUCACAAAAUCUAUGGUGGGAUCAGCUGAUUUCUCUAAUAAUCUCUCAUCUGGAGGAGAAAUGCUUUCCAACUAUGAAAAUCCCAAGGAAACUCAUCCAGAACUUUCAUCAUCAAUGGUUUCCCAGUCGUUUGGAGUUCCAGAGAUGACAUUCAAUUCAAUUGAUUCCACAAUAAAUGAUAGCAGCUUCAUGAACGGAGGAGCGUGGGCUCCACCACCACAGAUCCCUCGAAUGCGGACGUAUACAAAGGUGUACAAGCGUGGAGCUGUUGGCAGAUCAAUUGAUAUUGCACGUUACUCGGGUUAUGAAGAGCUUAAACAAGAUCUGGCCCGUAGAUUUGGCAUAGAGGGACAACUGGAGGACCGACAGAGAAUCGGUUGGAAACUUGUGUAUGUGGAUCAUGAGAAUGAUGUCCUGCUGGUUGGGGAUGAUCCUUGGGAGGAAUUCGUGAGCUGCGUACACUGUAUCAAGAUCCUUUCACCUCAAGAAGUCCAACAAAUGAGUUUGGAAGGAGAUUUUGGAAACAGCAUCCUUCCAAAUCAAGAUUGUAGCAGCUCAGACAAUGGUGUAAAUUAGCUAAAAAUUCUUCCUUUGGAACUUAACAACGAUACUGUGUAGAAAGUUUAUCCUUUCUAACAGUUCGUUACUUUGAACUCAUAGCCGCAGAUUAAUGCAACAGCCAUUGAUCGAGGCCUAAGAUCUUGUAAUAGGUACUGGUACAAAGGGACAACUUAAAUUGGUAUAGAUUAAAGCUUUUGGCAGGAAAUUUGCUUGUUCUUAAUAUUUCCUCUCAUGUAAAGAAAUUAUCGUGGCUGAAGUUCUUUGUAGCAAGAAAGAACUAAAAUAUGUAUGAGGUAGUUUCCGACUGUGUAGACAUGUCUACAUUUUUCAGUCAAUGAAAUCUUCCCCAAUGAUUUUCAGAGAA